CAUGUGAUUUGCUGUUCUGUGGACUGUACUUUGAGUGGCUAUGUCAAAAAUAAUUCACCUAUAAUUGUGGCUGGACGGUUUUUGAAGAAGCUCGCGUUUUAUGUAUUGGGAGCUCUACAAAAUGCAGAACGUCAUAAACACAGUGAAAGGCACGGCUCUCGGAGUGGCAGAGUUUCUCACUCCAGUGUUGAAGGAAUCGAAAUUCAAAGAGACUGGAGUCAUAACACCAGAAGAGUUUGUAGCAGCUGGAGAUCACUUGGUUCACCAUUGCCCCACAUGGAAAUGGGCCACUGGGGAAGAGGUCAAAGUGAAGCCAUAUUUGCCCCAGGAUAAACAGUUUCUCCUAACACGCAAUGUUCCCUGUUACAAACGUUGUAAACAGAUGGAGUAUUCAGAAGAGCUGGAAGCCAUCAUAGAGGAGGAUGAUGGAGAUGGGGGCUGGGUGGACACUUACCACAACUCAGCAGGUUUGUUAGGAGCUACAGAUGCUGUACGAGAACUUUCACUGGACAAUAAUAAGGACAAGAAUAUGAAUGCCACAUCUUGUGAUGGUGAUGGUGAUGAUGAUGAAGAUGAUGAUGAAGAUGGACAAGCUGCAGAUAUGGAAGAAUACGAGGAAAGUGGCCUGUUGGAAACAGAUGAGGCGACUCUGGACACCAGUAAAAUGGUAGAAACUAAACCCAAAGUAGAGCCUGGGAGUGAAGAUGCCAUUCUUCAGACGAGAACAUAUGACCUGUACAUCACAUACGAUAAAUACUACCAGACCCCUCGACUCUGGCUGUUUGGAUAUGAUGAAAACAGGCAGCCACUAACUGUAGAUCAGAUGUACGAGGACAUCAGCCAGGACCAUGUGAAGAAAACAGUCACCAUUGAGAACCAUCCCCACCUUCCCCCACCUGCCAUGUGCUCUGUCCACCCCUGCAGACAUGCUGAAGUGAUGAAAAAGAUCAUUGAGACUGUGGCAGAAGGGGGAGGAGAGCUUGGAGUACAUAUGUAUCUUCUGAUUUUCCUCAAGUUUGUCCAGGCUGUCAUUCCCACUAUAGAAUAUGACUACACAAGACACUUCACCAUGUAGCUUCCUUGGCCUUGGAGAUUUUAUCUCAUCUGUGUUGAUUCCAGCCGGUUUGUGGAGAGUGUUACACUGAGACACUUUGUAGGUGCAGGACAUGGAGAAUGUUCAAUAUAUGUGACAAAACUGUCUGCCAAAGAAACGGUAGGAAACAGGCUUGUUUUCCAUGAAACCCAAGACCAAUAUUGGUUUCAUAUGUGUGGGUGUAGUACAGAAAUAUGUCUAACUGCUACUAAUCUAGCUGUGGCAUGAACAACUGAACCUUUCAUCAAAUCAGAGCAGUCCUAUUUUAAUGUUAUAUCUUUUUAUUUUACCUGUAGAAAAACAGAAGUGUAAAAAAACCACAUUUGGAUACAUUUGUAAGUAGCUUGCUGGGUGGCAACAUUUUGAGUUAAAUUUUUCUUUUUGUACUUUUGACAAAGCUAGCUAGUAGUUGCUUCCAGUCUUUGUGCUAAGCUGGGCUAGCCACAUGGAUAAAUCUCUGUACUAGACACAAAGCAGUGAAUCUGAUAUCCUAUUUCUCAUCUGGAUAAGAGUGCAGACAAGGUUCUAUACCAAAAGUUGGACUAUAGCUCAGAUGUUUCUCUUCAGGUUUAGUGUUGUGACCAGUGUGGUGAACUCACAAAGCUGUUAAUAAUGUGAUGCUGUUUAUUAAAACCCACCUUAUUCCAACAUUGCUUCAAAUGUAAAAGUCCGUUUCAGUAAAUAAAUUAAAAUCCCAGUUGUACAAAGUGUGAGCUUCUUGGGUUAGGAAUUAUAAGGCUUCUGGAAAACAGGCCUGUUUUUAGUGUUCAGUGCACACACUGAAAACAGUGCAGCAUUAAUAGAAGCUUCUUGACUAUCAACAACAUUGCUCCCAUGCUUUUCUGCAAUUAUUGCUUCCAUUAUAAUGCACUUUGCAGGCAUCUUGGCUGAACGUUGUCAUUGUAAAUCAGCUAGUUAUGCCAGUUUGUCUUAAAACUUCAUUUUCUGAAUGUGUUUAUGGCCCAGCCCUUUCAUUCAACUGUGUUUCUUGUGGUUGGCUUAUCUGCUUGUGUUUAUCUCACCGUUGGAGUUUGCUCUCUGCAAGUUCUUUGAAACUUUACCUUUUUCCAGUCUUGCUUCUACAAGUGUGAUGUAUCAAUACUUAGUGUAAGAACUAAGUGAAGGUUGGCUGUGACCUCAGUUGUCUGGCAUGAUCACAAAAAAAUUAGAGAAUUCUUUUAUUGCUAUAAGCUUAUCAGUUUAACUCAGUAAUUCCUUUUGUUUCUAAGACUGUGGAUUAUGAACUAUAUUUGGCUUAUUACAUUUUCUGAUAGUACGUAAUAAAAAAUCUGCUACAGUAUUUCUCACUAUACUUUGUGUAUCUUUUGGUUGGAUAACAUUCACUCUGUACUGCCUGUUGGUCCAGUCUCCUGAUAUAACUUGCUCAGUUGUAACACUUUAAAGCAAUGCACAUUUAUCAAUAAAGAGUUUC